AUGGACGCCCUGCGCUCCAGCGACGGUUCAGCUCAGGCAACCGCGUCUUCGACACCUGCAACGGCACCUUCCAUCGAUGACUCCUUCGGCGCAUUCAUACUGGGCACAUAUCUCAGUCUCAUCUUCUAUGGAUUUGUUCUCCAUCAAGGGCAUAACUAUUUCAAGACUUACCCUCACGAUCGUCUCUUGCACAAAGCCUAUGUUAUUCUCAUCUUGGCCGUGGAAACGGUUCAUAGCGCGCUAUGCGUGCAUACCUGUUAUUUCUAUCUUGUGAAAAACUACUUGAAUCCCUCUGGUCUUGAAGGCUGUGUCUGGUCAAUCAAUAUGCUGGGAGUCGCUUUCACGAGCUUUAUGGUGCAAAUCUUCUUCGCGUACAGGGUGUACUUGCUUCGGCCCGCAUACAAGUCACUAGUUGCGGUCGCGAUUUUCUUCGCUUUCGUGGUGCUUGCUUUCGGAGCAGCCGCUACCGCAGAAGGCUUCAGAGUCGGGACGCUUGACGGAUUCAGACCAUACGCCUGGCUAGACUCUGCGGCGUUCGGUGCUGCGGUGGUCUCGGACACACUCACGGCUGGCGCUCUAACCUUUGUCUUGAGGAACAGCCGGACCGGCUUCAAACGAACGGAUCAUAUGAUUGACCAACUCAUUUUCUUCGCAGUUAACACAGGCCUUUUGACAGUAGCGGUGAAUCUCCUCGGCCUGAUACUGGCUCUCGGAUUGCCUACCAGCAACCUCGCGUAUUUCGCAGUUGCGGCCGUCGGUGACAAAAUUUAUGCUAAUUCGCUGCUCGCGGUACUCAACUCGCGCAGCGCCGUCCGGAGCGCCUCGAAUGUGCCCGAGGCUAUCGACAUGACCGCUUUUGCGGUGACGCGCAACGAGCCCCGCGGCACCCGCUGGGUCAUACCCCGCCCGUGGGAAGCACGACACAAUAUCGAGGAAGACACCGAGAGGGCCGAGCAACUCAAGGCGGGUCUGUUUGCGAGCUCCGCCCGGUUCCAUGCUGGUACUAGCUGGGUAUAG